CGGGCGGGCUUUUCCGAUACGCCUUGCAAAUAAAAUUGCGGCGACCAAACUGUUCCUCUUCUUCUCCAGCAAGCUUCGAAGAGAAGGAAGAAGAUUGGAGAAGAAUGGAUAAUGGCGAAUCAUCAUCCACCAACAAUUCGUCGCGUCCAUGGGAAUCCUACAAUACCGUCUUCACUAACGCGAAAGCCGGUAUGGAGGGAGUUGACAAAGAGAAAGUCCAGAGGGUUGUCUAUGAAAUGAGUAAAGGAUCCAAGUAUUUUCAAAAUGAGGAGCGUAAAGAAGCUCUUAUGAAACAAAAGAUUGAGCAUAUGCGUGAUCGAUGCGCAAAGCUUUCAUCCCUUGAUUUAUCUAAUUAUCAGAAGGUGGUUGAUAAAAGGAUCUUAGAGUUAGAAGCUACACGUGACCUAUCCAGAAUUUGGCUUCAUGUUGAUAUGGAUGCUUUUUAUGCUGCUGUUGAAACUUUGAGCGAUCCUUCGAUCAAGGGCAAGCCAAUGGCUGUUGGAGGCUUAUCCAUGAUCUCCACUGCUAAUUAUGAGGCAAGGAAGUUUGGGGUCCGUGCUGCAAUGCCUGGCUUCAUUGCUCGUAAAUUGUGUCCAGAUUUGAUAUUUGUUCCUGUUGAUUUCACUAAGUAUACUCACUACAGUGACUUAACCAGAAAGGUUUUUAGGAACUAUGAUCCUCACUUCAUUGCUGGGAGCUUGGAUGAAGCCUACCUUGACAUAACUGAGGUUUGUCGAGAAAGAGGUCUUUCAGGUGGAGAAAUUGCAGAGGAGCUUAGAUCUUCUGUUUAUUCCGAGACUGGACUGACAUGCAGUGCUGGAGUAGCGGCAAACCGCUUGCUAGCCAAGGUUUGCUCAGACAUUAACAAGCCUAAUGGACAGUUUGUUCUACAAAAUGACCGAUCAACUGUCAUGACAUUCGUAUCUUUCCUCCCUGUAAGAAAGAUCGGUGGAAUUGGUAAGGUUACUGAACAUAUUUUAAAGGAUGCUUUGGGAAUUAAAACAUGUGAGGAGAUGGUGCAGAAGGGAUCUCUUCUCUACGCUCUCUUCUCUCAGUCAUCAGCAGACUUUUUUUUGUCGGUUGGACUGGGGCUUGGAGGAACAAACACCCCUCAGGUUAGGUCUCGUAAAAGUAUUAGCAGUGAGAGGACAUUUGCUGCGACAGGAGAUGAAAGAUUGCUAUAUUCCAAGUUGGAUGAACUUGCAGAAAUGCUAUCUCAUGACAUGAAAAAGGAGGGCCUAACAGCAAGAACGUUGACACUUAAACUGAAAACUGCCUCCUUUGAGAUCAGGAGCAGAGCUGUUAGCCUGCAGAGGUACACGUGUUCAAGCGAUGAUAUACUAAAGCAUGCUACAAAGCUGUUGAAGGCAGAACUUCCUGUUUCCGUAAGGUUGAUAGGUUUGCGCAUGUCGCAGUUCGUUGAAGAAAUCCGCAAUUCUGAUCCUUCACAGGGAACUAUUACUAAGUUCAUCGUUCAAAAGGAUUCCUCAAGACAAGCACAAGAUCUGGAUGACAAUGACUCAUUUGACUUGGAUGCUAAUAAAAAUUGCUUAAGCAAUGACGAGAGCGGGAAUGUAUCCUUUGGUUCUCAUGAGACAAGCUCUGCCCAUCUGAAGGAUGUUGUCGAAUAUGAAGAACGGUCCCAAAUAGAUUCCGGAAAGGUAAUUCCAAAUCAAGAGUGUAUGAAAAAAGAAGAAAGGCUGCAAAUAUUGGAAGGAGAUUCACUGCUCAAAAAAUACAAGGAGUGCAAACCAGAUACUAGUCACUCGAUGAAUGAUAAUUCUAAUGCAACCGAAGCAGUUUCAGUAUUUCCACAAACGGAGCCGUUAUAUUGGAUUGACGGCUACAAAUGCGUCUUGUGUGGGAUAGAGUUACCACCAUCUUUUGUAGAGGAACGACAAGAACACUCUGAUUUUCAUCUCGCUCAGAGACUUCAAAACGAAGAAACUGGCUCUAGUUCUUCCACAACACCUUCAAAACGAAGGUCAGCUGACAGUAACAUUUUAAAGCCUACUCCAUUUUCCGUUAUGUUUCUUACAAGUCUCUGCUUCUCACUGAAAGUUUCAUAACCAAACACUUGUUAGGAUUCUCGGAAAGGAAAAGGUAAAUUCGAAGCCAAAGAAGCAGAAACCAGAUCAAAAGGACAGUAGCAAACACAUCCCAAUACACGCAUUCUUCACAAAAAGCAAUCAAAACUCGUGAGCCUUGUUCAUGUUGUCCAUAGUUUUAGUAAUGUUCGACUCUCUGAAUGGAUGCCACGUGUCAUCUAUGUUACCUAUAUUAUCUCAUCAUUGUAUUUAGUAUUUUAUCUGAACCCUCUUUCAGUAACGAAACCCAGAGGAAAUGAAGAUGGCUCUGAGCCCACCGAAACUCAUUCUCUCACCGUCCAAUUCCCUCGGCGAUUCCAAUUCCCUACCGUCGAUGUCAGACAUCCUGACGUCAUCAAAAGCUCGAAAGCUAGACUUAAAGAUCCAGACUUUAGGACCGUUUUUCAGAGUGACAGGGAAGAACGCAGACACGGGCGGUGAGGUGGGAAGAGCAGAGGGAGUGGUGCGUCCAUGGUUCGGACGCGGUUUGGUUCUGCAUUUGGAUACGAUAAGACUGACGAAAGAGACAGUGGCUAUGGAUAAGUCUGUUCUUGGAGUUGGUUUAUACGUCGGAGCUGUAGCGAUUCGCCAUGGCUACGACUGUGGUUGCCGUACUGCUCAGCUUCUUGCUAUCUACGACUCCGAUCUCUACCAUUCCAAGCUGGUUAGGUUUUACAGAAGAAUUGGGUUCGAAGAGGUGAAUGAAGUGAGUGGGUCGUCAAUUGGAGACAUGGCUGACAUGUUAGUGUGGGGCGGAGUUGGUACUCGCAUGGAUGCUAAUAUCCAUCAUCUUCUUUUUAAAUGGUCCAAAGUUUUCCUCAAAUCACAUUCUUAAUUACUUGUAGAUAUGUAAAUUAUGUUUAUCUACACCAUAUGAUUUCUGACAAGAAUUAUAUUUAUAUAGACAUAUCUUUCUGUCUUAAUUUCCAUCUUGAAGCUUGAACUUUUAUUUAAUUUGAUUAGCAAUUCUAAGGGGUAUAUGGAAGAUGCUAAUCACAAUAAAUCUAUCCUCAUAUUAUCCCAAUUUGUGCUUCCACAGUGGAUGGACUCUGUACUUCUCCACCAAAUUGAUUGUCCUUCUUAAAGAAUUG